GCGCUUUGUGGCGUAACGUCUGACGUCAUAGACACGCGUCGGCAGAAACGGGACACAAACGUGGAGUAAAAGGAUCGAAUAAGCGUGAUAGUUUUGUGUUAAUCCUCUUUUGGGCGCGAUAUGGAUGACGAGGAAGAGACUUACAGACUAUGGAAAAUUAGAAAAACUAUAAUGCAGCUUUGUCACGAUCGUGGUUAUUUGGUGACGCAAGAUGAACUGGAUCAGACUCUCGAGGAGUUCAGAAGCCAGUUUGGAGACAAGCCCAGUGAAGGUCGACCACGACGAACCGAUCUCACGGUCCUGGUCGCACACAACGACGAUCCGACCGACCAGAUGUUUGUGUUCUUCCCUGAGGAACCAAAGGUUGGCAUCAAAACCAUAAAGAUGUAUUGCCAGCGUAUGCAAGAAGAAAACAUCACCCGGGCCAUCAUUGUAGUCCAGAUGGGCAUGACGCCCUCCGCCAAACAGUCUCUGGUAGACAUGGCACCGAAGUACAUUUGCUCAUCUGCAAUACAUCUACAGGACCAUGAUCUUGUUCCAGAGCACAUAGUCAUGACUAAAGAGGAAGUGACAGAGUUGCUGGCACGGUAUAAACUAAAGGAAAGCCAGCUUCCCAGAAUUCAAGCUGGGGAUCCUGUUGCCCGUUACUUCGGCUUGAAGAGAGGCCAGGUUGUUAAGAUCAUCAGACCGAGUGAAACUGCUGGACGGUACAUCACAUACAGACUGGUCCAGUGAUGCUGAUCAAGUUUGAAGUUUUCUCCAACUGCUGAAAGUGAACAUGGUCUGAAUUGUCUUUUUUAAAGUUUUUCCUUUUUUUAAACUAAUAAAUAUGAUUCUGUUAGUCUGGCUCUCGUGUCAUUUCAUUUAACAGCUUGGUUUAUUAAAAACCAUGUUAGUUUGGUCUCAAAUGAACACAAGCCUCAAAACCUAAAAGUAGAGAGAUCAAGCACUCACCUUUUUCUUUCUGAAAGCCAUUGUUGUAUGGGAGAGGAAAUAAAGAGAAGCGGACAGAGAUAAGUGCAAAUAUACACAGCAACAAGCAAAUAUAUUCUACUUAACCUCUUCCUCAUUGGCUACCAUGCUGUCUGAUAACUUCUGUGUAACCAUGACGUCCAGUUAGUGUGCAUUGUUUUUAAAUAAUACUGAUUAUUUUGAAAUCACUCAUAUUUUAUUAUUAAAAGACAAGCACAAACAUAUAAAAUUUAACAACAGAUUUUCAUCAACACUGAGUGCAAGGUGAUCUCAUAAGAUACAAUGCAUGAUGACACCGGAAGCGUACAACUGUUAUCGUAAAAUAAAGCUAAAAACAUUUUU